UGAGGAGGAGCAGGAAACACUGCUGCUGGCGUAUUAUUCAACCGGAUAUGGAGGCCGUCUUAGCGCCCCGAACCCGCUACCGGGUUUCAGUCGCAUGCGCAUUUCUCUGGCUAGUUGUGGAUCGGGUGGGGCGUUUUUAGGCGUUUCUGCUGCCGGAAGUGGUUGUGGAAUAGCCCCGGGAACGAAGCUCUGGUGGGAGGAGGAAGAGAAGGCAAGGAAAGAAGGAUGUGGGGGUACUCGUUGUCAUUCAUAUCAUUUUGACUAGCAGACGUGUUUCUGAUAUUUGGGUCGUGCGUAAUGCAGAAAGCCUUUAAAAUGAAGAGUGAGCAAGGAAAUAUCUGCAGUAAGGAGAGAGAAUUUUUAUUUGAAUUCAGUGCUGGAAAUCAACAUUUUGUGCUUACGGUCCCACUGAAAUUCCCAGUGCAAGAAAAUGCAAGCCAUUUGCAUGGGCGUCUCAUGCUCCUUCACAGCUUGCCAUGCUUCGUAGAAAAUGAUCUGAAGGAUUCACUCAAUAAAUUCAUUGAAGAGGAAUCGAUAAAAUAUUAUGAUAGAGAAGCGGAAGCAGCUCUAGAAGCUGUAAAGUCUGGCAAAGUGGAUUUGAACCAGCUGGCAAAUGCUUGGUCCAAAACCUAUACUGAGGCAACAUUGGAGCAUGCAAGACCUGAAGACCCCAGCUGGGAUGAAGACUUUGCAGAUGUCUAUCAUGACCUAAUCCAUUCUCCUGCUUCUGAAACCCUCUUAAAUCUGGAGCACAAUUAUUUUGUUAGCAUUUCAGAAUUAAUAAGUGAAAGAGAUGUGGAACUGAAAAAAUUACGAGAGAGGCAAGGUGUUGAAAUGGAUACAGUGAUGCAAAAAUUGGGAAUGUCAUUAACAGAUCAAGAUGUAAACAUGCUGGCAGCUCGACACUUUGAAUCUCAGCAGGUGUUGGAGAACAAGUGGAACAGUGAACUGAAACAAACUACAGCAAUCCAGAAGCAAGAGUAUCAGGAAUGGGUGAUAAAACUUCAUGAAGACCUAAAAAAUCCCAACAGCACUAUUAGUGAUGAAAUAAAAGUGCAACCUAAUCAAUGGAGGGAAUCUGUAGAAGGAAAUGGAAGACUUUUUGAAGAUCAAAGACAAUUGGAAGAAAGUUUCACUAUUCACUUGGGAGCACAACUGAAAACCAUGCAUAACCUGAGAUUACUAAGGGCAGAUAUGCUGGACUUCUGCAAACACAAACGCAGUCAUCGCAGCGGAGUCAAACUCCACAGGCUUCAAACUGCGCUGUCACUUUAUUCAACUUCUCUUUGUGGCCUUGUCUUGUUAGUGGAUAAUCGUAUCAGCUCAUACAGUGGGAUCAAAAGAGACUUUGCAACAGUUUGCCAGGAGUGCACAGACUUCCACUUCCCUGGGAUUCAAGAGCAGCUUGAAGUUGUUCAGCAGGUUGUACUUUAUGCCAGAGCGCAGCAGAGCAGUAAGUCCAAGAGGAUGCAUGCGAACAGAAGUUGUGGGAGUGAAGACAAGUCUAAGAAUAUGGAACAAAACCCAUCAAAUAUUUUGCCUGGAGAAUUCUAUAUCACUCGCCAUUCAAAUCUCUCUGAAAUUCAUGUUACUUUUCACCUCUGUGUGGAUGAUAGUGUGAGGUCAGGCAAUAUUACUGCCCGGGAUCCUGCAAUCAUGGGCCUCCGAAAUAUCCUCAAAGUGUGUUGCACGCAUGACAUUACUACAGUUAGUAUUCCUCUUCUACUGGUACAUGAUAUGUCUGAGGAAAUGACUAUAUCUUGGUGUUUGAAAAGGGCAGAGCUUGUUUUUAAGUGUGUCAAAGGAUUCAUGAUGGAAAUGGCUUCUUGGGAUGGAGGGAUUUCUCGGACUGUACAGUUCCUAGUACCCCAGAGUAUUUCUGAAGAAAUGUUUUACCAGCUGAGUAGUAUGCUGCCACAGAUUUUCCGGGUCUCCUCUACAUUGACUCUGACAUCCAAGCAUUGAGCGCUCCCCAGUAUUCUGAAGAGAAACUAUAGGAAAACAACAGGAUUUGUUUUAAUAAACAGAACACCUCUUCAUUAAUGAUAAUCUGAGUGUGAUUAUCAGGCAGGUUUCUAGCAAAGGCUAGGAUCUCAAGACAUUUUUGCAAUGUGCAAAGCACUUUUCAUGAGAGGGAGCGGGUGGUUGAUUAGCUCCUCCCCUUUCUGGCUGCAGGCCUUCCUGCCUCAUUGAAUGCUGUUCUGGAGGAUUCCUCAAGCCUCAGAAGCAGAUUUUGACAUGGUGACACAAGGGAUUGUGGCAGAAAAACAUGGGGGCUGAAAAGCCCAGUGCUUGCAUGGAAUACCAUGAUGUAGCCCAAAAUAAUGUUCAGAAGUAUCAUUGUCAAUAAGAAAAACCAGUUAUUUAUAGAUAGAUGAAUCUGUUGACACACACACAAAUUCUAAUGGCAUUUUGUACCUUGUGACACACAAUGUUUGGUGGCAUGCGAAAUACAUGCACUCUGCUCCCAUUCCACAUUGGCUCCCACUAGUGGGGACUGGGGGAGAUGCAUAAUGUCCUGCCAUCAGAACAUGGAGAUGUUGUGCUAAACUUUAGGGAGAAGGAGACUACUUAGCGUGCCACUAGUGUUCUUUGUUUGCAGCUGUGUGCCUGUGACAACAUCUGGUUCUGGUUCUAUUGAGAACAAUGCACCUUAUGUCCAAGUAAAUAAGAUUGAAGUGCCAACAUAAUAGUGAGAUACUUUGGUAUUCCUGGCUUAUUGGACUUGCUCUGCAAUGUUUACAGAAAAUUGAAAUAUGAUAAGCAAACUUCUGUGAAUUAGGAAAUAUAUAAGACAGACAGUGAAAAACCAUCAAAGAAUAAGAGGCUCUUGUCCCUGCAGUUACCAAAUGAAAAAUCCAACUGUCACUAUCCUGGAUUUGUGUCUCUAAUUAACUUGCUGUGUUGUACAAAUUAUUCAGUAAAACAAGUUUUGUGACCCAG